UUAAGGCGCGUGUACAUAAGCCUAAAACUCCUAUUUUUAGAUGCAAGUAUGAAGUAUCACCACCGAAAAACUUCAAUCUAGAUCGACUGGAGAUUUGUACAAAUAGUUCGAGACAUGUUUAAACGUGGAAACAGGUUACAGAAGCAAUCGAGCAACACUCAGUAUAUUCGGUUGACAGUUUUAGGUGUAUUUUUCUUAUUUCUGUGUGUCUCGUUUAUUUUGUUCGGGAGAAGUGAUGAAAGAUCUGGUACCUCACCGCCAAUAUUGAAGCAAAAUUCAAACAGUUUGAGUUCUGGUGUUAAGUUAGACCCCACUGUUGAAAUCAAGAAUGGGACGGAUUUGAUAUGGCAAAUACCUGACAUGCCAAAGGCGGUUCUGUUUAUUGCACAUGGUUGUAAUGGCAGAGCGGCCAACUUUUGGGAUAAAUCGUCGAAGUGCCCAAAUUGUGUUGGUCUUCCUGAAGAAAGGCUUGUUGUAGUUAAAGCUCUUGCUAGAAAGUUUGCGGUUCUUGCCAUAUCAAGUGCAGGAAGGUGCUGGUCGUUUGGAGCAGAAAGGCAUACCGUUAAAGAUAUUAUCAAAUGGUGGGUUGCAAGACAAAAGCUCGAAAACCUGCCUCUUGUAGCUCUGGGUGCUUCCUCGGGUGGAUACUUUGUUUCUCUUCUUGCUACAGAAGUACAAUUUAGUAGCAUUACUCUAAUGAUUGCCGAAGGAUUGUUUGAUAAAAUUGAUACUACAAAGGGAUACCCGCCAACCCUCUUUGUGCACAUGCCCAAAGAUGGAGCUAGAAAUCUUAGCAUCGAAAAAUUCCUUGUACGUUUGAAGGGGAAUGGCGUUGAUGUUGCAGAGAUCAAGUGCAUGGAAUUCCCACUGUCGUCUGAAUUCUUAGCUGAGCGUAUUCAAGGUCUCGAUCUGAGCACCUCGGUGAAACUGUUUGGGGUAUUUCAGGAGAAGGGUUUUGUAAACAAGAGCGGUUAUAUGACAAAAGACGGACGAGCAAUACAAUGGAAUGGAGCCUUCAAGGAGAUGAAGUCUCUUCUUCCAGAUAUGUCUUUAGCCAAACACAUUCAAGAAGAAAUGAAUCUCGCCUAUGGAUACCACGAAAUGACAAGCUUGCAGUCGGAGCAAAUCUUCGACUGGUUUGAAUCUCACAUGACCAAAUAUGCAAUUUGAUGCCAGCAAGAAUGCUAAAAGCCUAAAACCACAUUUGUUGGUUUCAAACUUUCAAACAGUGCUCUCAACUGAUCCUAUUGCUAUUUUUCAUGAGAUUCAAACUGUAAUAGUAUCUGGAAAUGACAGCAUAUUUACUGCAGCCUGUAGAAACAUGGUCAUGUCAAAAAGUCCAAACUUUCCUUGUUGGUCAAAGAGUGUAUAGUGCCAUACCCCCCAAAUGGUAAACUGCCCAUCUGCCCCUCUGUGCUGGAUAAGUUAUCUUUUUACAAUUGAAGGAAAUGCAGAAGACAUUGAGAACAGAAUAUAGAGUUCCUAUUAUUAUUAUUACCUUGAUAUGGCUUUUCAAUUCCUUUUCUUUUUUCAUUUUUUUUUCUCAUUUCUCCAUUGUUUUCUGUAAUCAGGUCAAAUCAAAAAGUAUGUCCUCAAGCCAUGUUAACAUGUAUGUCCUGACUUGCAAUACAAAACAAUUUUGGCUGAGGUUUCUUUAUCACAUGUAUGUAGUAAAUGUUUAUGCACCAUAGUUCCCAAAUUGUUAAUGAUCA